ACAGCAGACGAGUUUUAAGUGGUCCCUGUCCCUGAGAACUCGCCUGCAUGGCUCACGAGCUCGUUUCAAAUUUGUUAAAAUCUAUUCUCGGUUAAAUUUUCGACUCUUCGUUAUUUUAUGUAGAUAACCAAGUUGGAUUGUUCACUCGCUGUUUUCUCGUAGAAUCUUGACUGUAUUCUGUAAAACGGUUUAGCGUGUCACAGUAGCCAACACGUGCGUUGACUCAAAAACCGGUGUUCUGCCUUAUUGAUUACAGAAUUUUUGUUCAACUUGAUAUACAUUUUUGACAAUGGAAGACAAUGACUGCGAAAGUGUUAGUGAAGCGAAGGGCCAGACGAUGAAAAAGAAAGUAAAUGUCCUAGAGGCCAUGGCCAAAUAUAACUUGAAGAAACAACAAGAACAGGAAUUGCGAAUGAAGGCCCCGUCAAAGCAGAAACCAACUCCUCCUGCUAGCCCAAAAGCUACCCCUGAAAAACACAAUUAUGGUGGGGAACGAGAAUAUGUAAAGACUGAAAGGAAGGAAAUUGAUGUUGGCAUCUCCGAAUAUGUUUGUAAAGGACAAGGCUUUUCAGCUAUCCUCAAACAACGUUACUCUGAUUUUCAGGUACAUGAAAUUGACAUGGCUGGCAACAUUAUUCAUUUAACAGAUCAGACUAUUGUUAAGUAUGUUGAAUCUAAUGACACUGAAACGGCGGAAGAUUCUGAUGUUUUGACAGCAGACCAAUGGAAUAGUAUUGAAGCAAUGGUUAAAACAGGGGAUCCAAAAACUGUUGAAAUUGACGUAACAGAAAAGAGUAAGGAGGAAAGACAAAAUAUCCAUAAAACUGUGAGGACAAAGUAUGAAGAGGAAAAUAUUACCAGCAACUCAGGACCUGUUGAUGGCAGAACAAUUAUGAAAAUUUUCAAGAUGGAAGGAAAACAAGAAAGACGUCGUAACGAAAAGCGGCGCAUGGGCUGCAUUUAUACUCAAUUCGUGUUGUAUAAAGAAAAUCUGAGCACAAUGGAAGCAGUCAACACAAUCGCUCGAGCGCUUAAGACGAAAGCCGGAAACUUAAUGACUGCUGGAACGAAAGAUAAAAGAGCAAUUACGAGUCAGUUAGUGACGUUGAAAAAUACAGAACCUCUUAAGAUUUUGAACAGUGUACGGAAUAACCCUAAGAUUGCUGUUGGGAAUUUUUCCUUCACCAAACAACCUCUUCAAUUGGGAAAUCUGAAGGGUAAUCGUUUCAUAAUAGCACUUAGAAAUGUAAUUGGCGACGAGAGUCAAAUUUUGGCAAACCUCGAGUCGCUGAAAGAAGUAGGUUUCAUCAACUAUUACGGGUCCCAACGCUUUGGAACUCGACAUGUUCCAACGCAUUUCAUUGGAAAACAGCUGAUUUUAGGGCGGUGGCAAAAAGCCAUUGAUUUAAUUUUGGAGCCACCCGAGUUGAACGGCAGAUUUCAACGCGAUUUCGACCUCACACAAGCGCGUAUCGAGUACAAAUCCACAAGGGACGCUCAUAAAGCCUUUUCGAAAAUCAAAAGGAGCCUUCAAACAAUCGAAGCUCAACUUUUAUUACAUUUGAAGAAAUUUGGCAAAGAUCUCGUCGGCGCCCUGAACUCCAUUCCUCGCAACUUGCGACUUACUUACAUUCACGCCUAUCAGAGUUUCCUCUGGAACACUGUCGUUUCCAAGCGUCUUUCAAAGUUCGGUCCGAAACCGAUUGUUGGCGAUUUGGUCUACGUUCCAGGCACUUGCGAUCCUGAAGUCGACGCGGAAAUGGAACUGAUGAACGAGGAAUCCAGUGCUCUGGAACCUGCAAAUGAUCAAUCCAGCGAGAAGGAAGCGGAUGGUGAAAAGUCCAACGCAAAAGCGCAGCGCAAUCAGCGCAAAGUCAUGUUCAUUGACGAGAACAACAUAAACGACUACACGAUCAACGACAUUAUUCUUCCACUUCCUGGCUUUGACAUAACGUAUCCCUCCAACGAAGUUGCCGGAUGGUAUACAGAGCUCCUUCAAGCGGAUGGCUUGACUGAGAUGGAUUUCAAACAAAGCACAAAAACCUACAAUCUCGGUGGAGCGUAUCGACUCGUGAUGUCAAAGCCGUCCGAUGUGAAAUGGAAAUUCGUACGUUACGAUGAUCCUACUCUGAGCCUGAUCCCAUCUGACUGGGAUCGACUGGAAAAGACCCAGCCUCCCGCCGCCGCCGCCGUGAAAGAUGGCGCUUACCUCGGACUGGUGUUGGAAUUCAGCCUGCCCGCUUCGUCGUACGCCACCAUGGCCCUUAGAGAGAUCAUCAAAAUGGACAUGAGUGCCGAAUUUCAGACGUCACUCAACGAUGCUGGCGGCACCAAACAUCCGGCACCAGCCGCCACCGCUGCCGCAGCAGCCGAAACCGUUUCCAGCGAACCCGAAGAAAAGCGAAUUAAACUGGAGCCGGACGCUGAUCCAGCGCCACCAGCAGUCGGCAUUGAGUCAUCUGAGGAUCCAGCGACCAAAAAAAUCAAAAAGGAACCGAACGCGGACCCACCAGCAGUCGGCAUUGAAGAUCCCGCGGCCAAGAAAAUCAAAAAGGAGCGAAUCACGUCCGAUUAAAAUAGAAGAAGCUUUGAGGCUCUCCGCUUCUCCCGCCUUUCAACUUCAACCCGCAAUUUUUUCAUGACACGGAAUUUAUUUUCUUUCCUUUCCUUUUUUUUCCGUUUAUUAACGACCCAAAAAAUUUAAAAAAAAAUCUGAGCCAAAAAUGAAAAAGAAAAAUUGGCGACCUCCUCCUGUCACACACAUUUUUGUUUUCCUGUUUGUUAAAUUUUGUGCAGAACUGCCUGCUUGGUGGCGGUUUUUCGUGGAAUCGUUUGCGAAUGAUUGUUUGAGCCGGCUGAGAGCAGCUGUCUCGGUUGAGAAAGCAAUACACUCAUGUCCAUCGCCCA